AUGUCAGGUGAGGAAAUUGCUGCAGAAAAGGUUAGGGAAAAACCCGAAAUCGAAGAUAGUAUUGGUGGAGAAGGAGAUGUUCCAAGUGAUGAAGAAGAAGGAGAUGAUGUGUUUGAUUCCUCUGAAGAAGAUGAUGACUUAGAUGAUGAUGAAGAAGAAGCUAGGAAAAUUAAAGAAGGUUUCAUAGUAUCUGACGAUGAAGAGGAUGUAUCGUCCUCAAGGAAGAAAAGAAAGAGAAAACAUAAGCGUAGAGCCCAAGAGGAUGAAGACCAUGGGAAGCUGUCAGAGGAUGAUUUGGAUCUUUUGAUGGAAAAUGCUGGUGUAAAGCGCUCCACGCGACCAACGGCGGAGGGUGGUAAAGGUAAAUUUAAAAGAUUAAAAAGAGUCGGUACAUCUAAUGAAGGUGAAGUUAAUGAGCAACGGUCAACUGUAAAAUCUGGCGUUAAUAGACUAGAAGAUUUUUUCUCGGAAGAAGAAGAUGAGGAAGAAUUGGAUGACAAUGAGGAGCGUAGUGUCAGAUCUACUAAGAAGGAUGUUAUAGACGAAUUAGAUGAUUUUAUCGAAGACGAUGAAUUUUCUGAUGAAGAUGAAGAGACUAGACAACAAAGGAAGAAAUUGAAGCAACAAAGAAGUAAACAGUCUGUUCAAAUUACUGGCCUAUCCUCUGACAAGAUCGAUGAAAUGUAUGAAAUCUUUGGUGACGGCCAUGAUUACGAUUGGGCCUUGGCUGUUGAGAAUGAAGAAGACUUAGAAAAUGUUGAAGAACUAAAUGAAGAGGAGGAUUCAGAUGAUCCAGCAGAACAGAAAAAGAAAAAGAUCACUCUACAGGAUAUUUAUGAUUUGCAGGAUCUUAAGAAGAACUUGAUGACUGAGGAGGAUAUAGUUAUAAGGCGGUCAGAUAUUCCAGAAAGAUAUCAAGAACUAAGGGUUGGUUUGCAAAACUAUGGCCAUCUAACACCUGAUGACCAGCUUUUAGAACAAAACUGGAUUAGUGAUAAAAUCGCCGUUGACAAAAACUUCGACCCUUCAUAUGAUCUAACCGAAUUCAAGGAGGCUAUUGGAAAUGCAGUAAAGUUUAUUAGUAAAGAAAACUUAGAGGUUUCCUUCAUUUAUGCAUAUCGUCGUAACUACAUCUCAUCGAGAGACAAAAACGGGUUCAUCUUGACUGAGGAUGACUUAUGGGAUAUUGUGUUUUACGACAUUGAGUUCCACAGUAUUAUUUACAAACGAGACUACGUCAAGAAAUUCUAUGAGCAACUAAAUGUGGAUGAUCCAAUUGUCAAUGAAUAUUUUAACGAUGAAGCUAUGACAGAAUUGAAUUCUUUGCAAGACAUCUACAAUUAUUUGGAGUUUAAAUACGCCCAUGAAAUUAACGAAGCGCUUCUUGCAGACUCAACUAGUGGAACUAAAAAACACCUGAAGAACUCCAGCUACGAAAAGUUCAAGAGCAGUGCAUUGUACCAGGUAAUAAACGACGUGGGUAUAACCGCCGAACAGAUUGGUCAAAAUAUUGCUGCAGAAACACAGAUUCACCCUGUUACAGAUCAUCCAAAUAGUAAACCAGCCGAGUCUAUAACUGCCGUGUUGGAGUCUUCAGGUUCAGAUCUUCAAGUAUUUGCUAAGAACCAUAAAUUGGCCUGCGACACUGUUCAAAAGUAUUACUCUUUAGAGAUUGGCAAUAAUCCAAAGGUCAGGCAAAAAGUGAGAACGGACUUUUAUAAGUACUAUAUUGUUGAUGUGGUGUUAACAACCAAGGGUAAGAAAGAAAUACAGAGAGGAUCACCAUAUGAAGACAUUAAAUACGCGAUAAACAGGACUCCGAAUCAAUUCCGUACAGCUCCUGAUGUGUUCCUUCGUAUGCUUGAGGCAGAAUCAUUACAUUUGUUAAAUAUCAAAAUUCACAUGUCUUCACAAAGUCAGUAUUGUGAUCAUUUAUUCCAAACUGCACUUGAAACUACUAAUACCUCCGAAAUUGCCAUUGAGUGGAAUAGUUUUAGGCGGUCUGCAUUCUAUCGCGCUUUGGACAAGAUCUUCAAUGACAUUUCACAAGAAAUUAAAGAUGAAUUGAAAAAGACCACCCAAAAGUUAGUUGCUAACAGUGUUCGCCGUAGAUUUAUGUCCCGGUUAGACCAAGCCCCUUUUAUACCAAAUCCUAGAGAGCCAAAGAUACCUAGAGUUUUAACGGUAAGUUACGGUCAAGGUAGAUUUGGUGUAGACGCUGUUAUUGCGGUAUUACUUAACAGAAAGGGAGAUUUUGUUAAAGACUACAAGAUUGUUCAGAAUCCUUUUGAUAGGGAUAAUCCACAAGCUUUUGAGGCAGCUUUUGACAAUAUCAUACAGGAAGCCCAGCCAAAUGUGAUUGGUAUUAAUGGUACCAAUCCAAAGACACAAAAAUUGUUUAAAAAGUUGCAGGAGGUGAUCCAAAAGAAACAGCUUGUUGAUAAGAAAGGCCAUAACAUUCCAGUCAUAUUUGUUGAGGAUGAAAUUGCAACACGUUAUCAAGCAAGCGAGCGCGCAGCACAAGAAUUCCCAAAUAAACCAACAUUGGUAAAAUACUGUAUUGCAUUAGCUAGGUAUGUGCACUCACCGCUACUAGAAUACGUUAAUUUAUCAAUGGAAGAGUUACAGUCGUUGUCCAUUCAUCCCCAUCAAUCUUUGCUUCCUCGCCAUAUUUUCCAAAGAGCGUUGGAAACGUCGUUUGUUGAUAUUGUGAAUUUAGUUGGUACCGAAGUUAAUAAGGCGAAUGACAAUUCAUACUAUGCUAGUGUCUUGCAAUAUGUUGCUGGAUUUGGUAAGCGUAAAGCUAUGGAUUUCUUGGGAUCAUUACAACGGUUGAACGAACCACUAUUAGCUCGUCAACAGUUAAUCACUCAUGACAUUUUGCACAUGACUAUUUUCAUGAACUCUGCAGGAUUUUUAUACAUAUCUUGGAAUGAAAAAAGUCAGCGGUAUGAAGAUUUGGAACAUGAUCACCUGGACAGCACUAGAAUUCACCCUGAAGAUUAUCAUUUGGCAACAAAAGUUGCUGCAGAUGCGUUAGAAUACGACCCAGAUGCUAUUCGUGAAAAGGAAGAGCAAGGUACAAUGAGUGAAUUCAUUGAACUUCUUCGUGAAGAUCCAGACAGGAGGUCUAAAUUAGAAUCCUUGAACCUAGAGGCUUAUGCAGAAGAGUUGGAGAGAACCACCGGACAAAGGAAGUUGAACAACUUAAAUACUAUCGUUCUAGAACUUCUUGAAGGCUUUGAGGAGCUAAGAAAUGACUUCCAUCCUCUGCAUGGCGAUGAGAUUUUUACAACCCUCACAGGUGAGACGGACAAAACUUUCUUCAAAGGUAGUAUUAUUCCUGUUAGGAUAGAAAGAUUCAAGCACAAUGAUAUAAUUUGUGUUUCCAACUCUCAAGUAGAGUGUAUUGUUAAUGCCCAAAGACAUUUAGGUGCUCAGCUAAAGCGUGCUGCGUCAGAAAUCUAUGAAGUGGGAAAAACAUACCCCGCUAAGGUUAUUUUCAUUGAUUACGAGAACAUUAGUGCUGAGGUGUCUCUGUUGGACCACGACAUUAAACACCAAUACAUUCCUGUUGAUUAUAGCAAGGAUCCUGCCAUCUGGAACUUAAAGCAAGAACUAGAAGACGUCGAGGAGGAAAAGAAGAUAUCUAUGGCAGAGGCUCGUGCUAAAAGAACACAUAGGGUUAUUAACCAUCCUUACUAUUUUCCAUUCAAUGUAAAGCAGGCUGAAGACUAUUUAAGAAGUAAAGAGCGCGGUGAAUUUGUCAUUCGUCAGUCAUCGCGGGGCGACGAUCACCUAGCGAUUACAUGGAAAUUAGACAAAGAUCUUUUCCAACAUGUAGACAUACAGGAGUUAAACAAGGAGAAUCCACUUGCUUUGGGUCGUACGUUGAUAGUUGAUGGAAAUCAAUUCAAUGAUCUGGACCACAUUAUAGUCGAGUAUCUCCAGAACAAGAUUAAGCUAUUGAACGAGAUUACUUCAAAUGAAAAGUUCAAGAGAGGUACAAAAAGGGAAGUUAUACAGUUCAUUGAAGAUUACUCGAAGGUCAACCCUAAUAGAUCUGUCUACUAUCUAAGUUUCAACUACGAGCACCCCGGCUGGUUCUAUCUUAUGUUCAAAAUUAACGCUCAAUCAAAAUUAUACACGUGGAACGUAAAACUGACACAUAAUGGAUUUUCUUUGGCUGACUAUAACUACCCUACUGUCAUUCAGCUCUGCAAUGGAUUCAAGACACUUUUAAAAUCAAGUAGUAAAUCCAGACCUCAAGAAUUAAAUAACGGUGGUUACUAUGGUUAUUGA